AAGAUCUCUAGUAGAAUGCGAUGCGAGUGGCUGCGAGCUCAAGAACUAUCUCAGAGGUCCAUGGCCAGAUCGCAGGCCUUGCAAGAUCACCAAGGCGUUCUUCCCGACCAACGAGGCCGAGCUCCUCGACGCCGUGGCCUACGCAGUCAAGAGCAAGCAGAAGAUCAAAGUGGUAAGCAGGGAGGCACAUACCAUGACCAAAUUCGCGUGUCCAAACUCCGGAUCCGACACAGGGGGGGUUGUCAUCAGCACCGCUAGCUUCAACUCCAACUCGAGCGUCGUUGUCGACAAGAGCUCUAUGACGGUCUCCACACCCCCUGGAAUCAUGCUUGGCGAGCUUAUCGAUCUCCUGGCGAUGCAAGGCGUGACUUUGCACCAGACCAUCGCCUGGGACGGCGUGUCGCCGGCGGGCAUGGUGAGCGCGGGGGCCCAUGGCAGCAGCCUUUGGGGUCGCGGCGGAGGAACUUACGAGUACCUCGUGUCCAUGAGAAUCGUCGUUCCGGCCUCCAAGAACGAAGGCUUUGCUAAAGUUGUCACGGUCGCGGAGGGGAGUGAUCUGUUCCACGACGCCAGGAUCUCGCUGGGAGUUCUUGGAGCUGUUUCCCAGCUGACGUUCUCCGUACAGCCCAUGACGAAGAGGUCUGUGACGCUGUCGGUGGCGGACGAUGCGUCUCUGGAAGAGGACUUCUUGACACUGGCUCGGGAGCGCGAGUUUGCGGAAGUGUCGUGGUACAGCUCGCAGAAGAAAUUUGGGAAGAAAUGCACAAUACAGCACGCUCACUCCUUGCUUCCUCCGUGGCGCUUAGUCACGCCCAGCUCUGCACCCUAA